AUGGCAUUCCUUGCCACCAUUGCCUCAUUCUUCACUAUCCCGGUAUUCCUUUCCCUUAUGGGGAAGAAAAGAACGGCUCUUGAGAAGGCGGGGCCGAGCCAAGAGCGGCGUAGUAAGAAGAAGGCCGAUCGGAAGGGGGAUGCAAGCUCGGAAAUCCGAUCCAAGAGGCGGAACGAUUCCCAAAAAGAUGAGGCGCUCGUUGAAGACCCAUUUAGGAUUGUAAGCAACAGUAAUGCCUUGUCAACCCAAGAGCAAUGCAUUGAAGACCACUUCUCUGCUUUGCUCCACUUGAAACAGAGCUUUACUUUCUCUGCUGUGUACACCAUGACUACACUGUCCUCUUGGAAUCCUGAUAACAGGGAUUGCUGUUCUUGGGAAGGCAUCACGUGUCAUGGUGCCACUGGUCACGUGACCAGUCUCGACCUCAGCAAGCUCCUUAUCUGCGGUCGGAUUGAUUUCGUAAGCCUCUUUCGUCUUCAGAGCCUGCAGAAGCUCAACCUCGCUUCCAAUGCGUUUGAUCCCUCUCCAAUCCCAUCUGGGUUUGAGCAGCUCACCAGUUUGACCCAUCUCAACCUCUCUCACUUAUCCUUUUAUGGCCAAAUCCCACUGGAAAUCGCCCGCUUGACCACUUUGGUGUCCCUCGAUCUAUCUAACAAUGUUUUGUAUGAUGUCUUGAAACUCGAAAACCCAAACAUUGGGGAAUUCGUCCAAAAUCUCUCGAGUCUGAGAGAACUGUAUCUCGAUGGGGUAAACAUUUCAGCGGAGGGUAGCGAGUGGGGCCUGGCCUUAUCCUCGGCGCUCCCUCUUCUCCGCAAGUUGAGCUUGACAGAUUGUUAUCUUUCAGGCCCCAUCCAUCCUUCCCUUUCCAAGCUCCAUUUCCUAUCUGAACUCUACCUCAGUGGAAACAAUCUCUCUUCUGUCGUACCCAACUUCAUAGGGAACUUGUCUUCUUUAACGUCACUAGCUCUCAGUGAUUGUGGAAUGCAUGGAAAAAUUCCAGAUAGUAUUUUCAGGCUGCCAAACCUACAAACCCUGGAUGUAGGAUACAAUCCACUCCUGACUGGUGAAAUCCCUCCAAACAAUACUUUCCGGGAGUUGUUCCUAUCCGACACUGGAUUUUGUAGCAACCUACGGGAUUCAUUGAGUAAUUCCAAACUGCUGACCACGCUAGAACUCAGUAAUUGCUUUCCACGAGGCCCAUUUCCAUCAUGGCAUGUGAAGCUCGAGAAACUCAUGUAUUUGGAUCUUUCAAACAAUGGUUUCAGCGGACCAUUGCCAUCAUGGCUUGUGAAGCUCGAGAAACUCAUGCAUUUGGAUCUUUCAAACAAUGGUUUCAGCGGACCAUUGCCAUCCUCUCAUGCCAACCUCAGCAACCUCGCUCAUUUGGACCUUUCAAACAAUGGUUUCAGCGGACCAUUGCCAUCAUGGCUUGUGAAGUCGGACAAACUCGUGGUUUUGUAUCUUUCAUCCAAUAAUUUCAGCGGUCCAAUCCCUUCUUCCUAUGGCAACAAGUUUCAAAAUCUUCAAUCGCUCAUGCUUGACAACAAUUCACUCAGUGGGACCAUUCCAUCAUCAUUGUUUUCACUCCCAUCAUUACAAAAACUGGGUCUCCGAGGUAACCAAUUUACUGGUCAACUUGACCAGUUCCAAUACACAUCAUCUUCAGUGCUAUCGAUGAUUUAUUUGUCCAACAAUUCACUAAGUGGGACCAUUCCAUCAUCAUUGUUUUCACUCCCAUCAUUACAAGAGUUGUAUCUCCAUGAUAACCAAUUUAGUGGUCAGCUUGGCGAGUUCCAGAAUGCAUCCUCUUCACAAUUAGGGAGGAUUUACUUGAGUAACAACAGCUUGCAAGGGCCUAUUCCGAGAUCCAUCUUUGCACUCAUCGAGCUUGAUAAACUCAUGCUUUCAUCAAACAAUUUCAGCGGUGAUGUGGACCUUGGCAGCUUAUUCCAAAACCGUAAGUACCUCCGGUACCUUGAUCUUUCAAAUAACCACUUCUCAGUUGGCGAUAGCAGAAGCAAUUCAACCUCCAUAUCCUUCCCCAAAAUUCAACGGUUGUCAUUAAGAUCUUGCAACAUUAGCAAAUUUCCAGAUAUCUUGAGAAGCCAAGAGGAGAUGGAAUAUUUGGACCUUUCCAAUAAUAAAAUUAAUGGUGAAAUACCCAAUUGGAUAUGGAAGGUUGGAAAUGGGACUUUGUAUUAUUUGAAUCUUUCUUAUAAUGCUUUGGAGGGAUUAGUGCCACCACUGCUUGAUCUUUCCAUAAGCUCAUUGCAAUACCUUGACCUAAGCUUUAACAAGCUAGAGGGCUCAAUCCCAAUCCCUCCACUUGUCAUCACAUUCUAUUCACUUUCGAACAAUAAUUUUAGUGGAGAAGUCUCACCACUUUUUUGCAAUGCUCAAAUAGAAGUCCUCAUUUUGUCUGACAACCGCUUCAAUGGUUCGAUUCCACCAUGUCUAGGCGAAAUCAGCAUUAGCCUCACUGUUUUGAAUCUUGGAGGAAAUACAUUUCAAGGCAUCUUGCCUAAAACAUUCAAAGAGCAAUGUACUCUAGAGACUCUUGAUCUUAGUCGAAAUCGGUUAGAAGGGCAGUUGCCAAGGUCAUUGGCCAAUUGCAAGAAGCUGGAGGUGUUAAACCUUGGAAAUAAUCAAAUAAAUGACACCUUUCCUAUUCUGUUGGAAAACUGGUCCCAAUUGCGUGUUCUCAUCUUGAGAUCCAACAAAUUUCAUGGCACUAUUGGACAAUUCCUAACAACUCGCAACUCCCCACUGUUACAAAUCAUCGACCUCUCUUCUAAUAGCUUCACAGGUAGCUUGCCAUCAAAUAUGUUCAAGAGUUGGAAGGCAAUGAUGGAGGAGGGCAAAUCCCAGUCUCAAUUUCUUAGCAAAAGAUCUAUCGGUGGAUAUUACCAAGAUAAAGUGACUAUCGUGAGCAAAGGGCUAGAAAUGGAGUUUGUAAAGAUCCUUACUGCUUUUACCGUAGUGGAUCUCUCAAACAACAAAUUUUAUGGGGAUAUUCCAGUAUCAAUUGGGAAUCUAAAGUCACUGCAUGUGCUCAAUAUAUCAUAUAAUCAUCUCAUUGGCCGAAUUCCAGCAUCAUUGGGAAAUAUAAAGGAACUUGAGUCAUUAGAUCUCUCGCAGAAUAAUUUAUCGGGUAAAAUCCCUGAGCAACUUACAAAGUUAACAUUUCUUGAAGUAUUAAAUCUUUCACAAAAUCUUCUUGUGGGUAGCAUACCACAUACUCAACAGUUUCUUACAUUUACGAAUGAAUCUUUUCAAGGGAACUUGGGAUUAUGUGGUCUUCCACUAUCAAAGAAAUGCGGAGAUGACAAGGUUUCACUACCAUCAGCACAAUCGGAAAGCCAAUACAACUAG